AUGUGUGCCGUUACUUCACCACCGAAUGAUCAGAUGGGAGAUGAGAGUCUUGCGUAUGACAUCUGUCGCCCUGCAUUCGCACCGACUGGGAGUGAUGAAAGCCACGUGUCAAAGCGUACUAACAAGAAGUCAUGUAAGCCCGAUCUCUGUCCUGGACACCUGAGGAGGAGCCUGCGGUGCCACAAGCGAGCACAAACGGGAGACAAGCCGGACAAGAGUGGUAUCUGCCCCGCGAAGCUCAGCCAGAUUACGCACCGGCGGCUUCACAAGCGCACACAGACAAGCGAGAAGCUGUACAAGUGCAAUGUGUGCCCUGCGGAGUUCAGUCUGAAAGGGAAACUGCAGCAGCACAAACGGACACACACAGGCGAGAAGCCAUACAAGUGCGAUGUCUGCCCAGCACAGUUUAGGCAGAGCACUAACCUACGGAAGCACAAGCGGAUACACACAGGCGAGAAGCCAUACAAGUGCGAUGUCUGCCCUGCUAAGUUCAGCCAGAGCAGUAACCUAAGGCGACACAAGCGGACACACACGGGCGAGAAGCCGCACAAGUGCUGUGUUUGCCAUGCUAAGUUCAGUGAAAUUGUGACCCUACAGCGUCAUGAACGAACACACACAGGCGAGAAGCCAUACAAGUGUGAUGUCUGUCCUGCUAAGUUCAGCCAGAGCAGUAACCUAAGGCGACACAAGCGGACACACACGGGCGAGAAGCCGCACAAGUGCUGUGUUUGCCAUGCUAAGUUCGGUGAAAUUUCGACCCUACAGCAUCAUGAACGGACACACACAGGAGCACCAGGAAACGAUCUUAUGAAGGUCAUCUUGGAAGGCAAUUUGUUCUGA